UUCAUGUUUUUUGCCAUCCCUAGCAUUUAUUUCGGCGCGUAUAUUUCAUUUACAGUUGUGUCGGUCGUUCCAUUUUUUUCUUGUUUUAUUAGUUUUGUUUUCGAAUGAAAAACUAAGAUGGACUUUGACACCGCAAAGGAAAACAUCCAGCCUUUGGCCAGCGGUCGCAAUGUGAGCUUGCUGCAGGCGUCCCUCGCCCAGGACCCCACACAAAGCCAGGAGCUGCUGGCGCAGCGCAAGCAAAUGGAGAAGGACGUGGACACAUACACUGGCAGUGAUCCGCUGGAGCCGUGGUAUACGUACAUCUGCUGGAUUGAGCAGAGCUAUCCGGCGGGCGGCACCGGUUCUGGCCUGCAGACGGCCCUCUACCAAUGCCUGGCCAAAUUCGAGCAGGACGAGCGCUACAGACAGGACAGGCGGCUCAUCAAGCUCUUCAUCAAAUUCAUGGAGAAGCAGGAGGAUCAGAUCGAGUGCUACCAGCAGCUGUACAACAGCGGAAUCGGCACAAUGCUGGCGGACUUGUACAUUGCCUGGGCAUACAGCUACGACCUGAGCGGCAACAUGCGCAAGGCCGACGAGAUCUUCCGCCUGGGCCUCUCCUGCCGGGCCGACCCGCUGGAAGAGUUGAAGGAGGCCCAUCAGCAUUUCAACUACGCGGUUGCUCAGCGCAUGCUCUAUUCCGAUGGUGAUGAGGCCAAUGCUGUGACCCAAGAGCUGAAUAAGCGUCGUCUGGCGCUGCAAUCGCUGCAUGGUCAACGGAAGAGAAGCAGCAACACCAUCACAGUGGGCAGUGUACGCACUGGUGCAGCGGUCAAGAGCCAGAUGCCGGGCGUGGUGCAGGCGGAUGCUCCCAGCACAAGCCUCAUGCGCAAUGCCCUUCGCAAUGUGGAGGUCUUCAACGAUGAGAACACCGAUUUCAAUGUCCCGCCACCAGUCGAGCCGGAAGUGAAGUCCAGCUUACGUUCGAUCAUCGACGCGGCCCGUGGUCAGGAUAAUCUUAAGGAGCCGGUGGCUUGGAACAAGGCCCACGCCAAGCCUCACAAGCCUGGCAAGAUCUUCGGCUGCAAUGCCGCUCCAGACCUGGCCUUCGACAUACACGUGGAUGAACAAAAGCUGCCGCCCAUCACCAACUACGAGUUUCCGCCCAACUUUGUGGCGAAAAAUAAGCCGCAGGAGGCCUGGAUAACGCCAGUAACCAUUGAGGAUGAGCCCAACACAAACGGCCUGCCGUGCUACCAGAAGUGCAUGCUGUACCCGCGCCCCAACCUGGAGUUCUCCCCAGAGGAGUACCGCGCCUAUUGCUUCCUGAAGCGUCGAGAUCCCCAGCACGCAUUCGUGCUGCGCAACGAUGAGUGGUGGGGCACGGGCAACACCUUGAAGGGUGUGCGUCGCUAUCCAAAUUUUUCUAGUGUCUCCAAGCCGCAGCCGCUGGACGAGUUGGACAAGUACUACAAGCCGCCCCCUGUUCCGGGUCUGCAGGUCGUGUUUGACAAGCUCUACAACGACGAAGAGCAGCAGGAGUACCAGGCGGAGGAGCUCCUGGCGGCCAAGUGGCUGGAGAAGCGGAAUGUUACGGUGCACGGCAGCUUUGACAUGGAGGAGACUGUAUGCCUGCCCGGCAAUAAGAUGCCGCGUCGCAAGAGCUUCUUCCCUCCGGCCCAGCAGGAUUCGUCCAGGAAAUCCAUGAUGCCGCCACGUGUGUCCAUGGUCCAGGAGGAUGAUGCCGUCGAACAGGAGACAGCUGCAGCUAUAGCUUCAGUGCCUUCUCCUCCUCUAGUUGUACCGCAGCCGAAAAUAGUGCCGAUAGUGGAAAUCUUUGAAGAUUCGGAUCCAACUCCCGUCCCCAAGGAAGAUAAAGAUAACUUUGCGAUGCCUGCCCCACCGCUGCGCAAGAUCGAGAUAUACCAAGAUUCAGAAGAUCCGAUCCUGCCUUCGAACUUAAAACCUCCCAAAAGUGCCUUUUUCGAUGCGGACGAGACCUGCUCUACCCAAAUGUUCAACAUGUUCAUCAAGAACCAGGCGGUGAGCACGCCCAAGGGCUCCCAAAAGCAGGCACCGGCGCGACAGUUUGGCACCAUCCUCAAGGAGCUGCCUCCGGAUCCUGAGGAAGCUGUUUCUCCGGCAGCUGCGGCAGUCGAGUCCCCAGGGGAGACCCGCUCGCCGAAUCUGCGCAAGCAACUCUCGACGAUAUUGGAGACCUCGGAACACGGCACCCACAGCUCGGCGGCCACGACGACCAAGUCCACCAUUACAUCCACAUCCAGCUCUCCGGGAUCUCACACGGCCGUGGCGCUCUCCAGCCGGAGUGCGAGUGAAGAGUGCACUCCAGCAGGAGCGCGCCUGCAGCGUUUGGGUGCCUCUGAGCUGUCCACAGUCGGCGAGGAGCCCGAUCGUCAGUCUGGUGGGAACUUUUCGCGUCGCGAACUCUGGGAACCCAAUGCUCCCAGCGUGCCGAUGAUGAAGUCCCUGCGCUUCCAGGAGGACAAAACCGAGACCAUACCGAAGCCGCUUGCCCGCUUCCAGGAGGAUAAAACUGAGACUCUGCCCAGGCUUCCGACUGUCAUAGCGGAAGUUUCGCUCCAUCAGCGAUCGGCGGUUGCUGCCUCGAGCCUGGCCCCGCAAUUGCCCACGCUGGACGACGAGGACGACUUGUGUGCGCUGUUUGUGCAAACGCCGCCAAAGUUUAAGACAAUCGGCUAUCCGUUGCAGGGAAAUGCCGGCUCCAAGCGCAUCUGCGAUCAGACCACGCCAGAUUUCUUCGGCAAGUCCAUACGAGUGGCGCCGGAUGCCAAGAGUUCCUUUGCGAUGGCCAGUGGCAAAUGUGGUGUCAAUGUUUCUCAUUACAACGAAAUCGCCUUCCAAGAACUCAAUAUGAUUUUUGUGAUUCCUUUCAAAAUACUCUUCACUCUUCUGCUGACAAUGCUCGAUUUUAUCCAAAGAUUUCUUACGUACUGAUUCUAAAUUGCUUUGAGUUCGGUCUUGUUUAUCAUCUAAGUAUUCUGUUAACGCGUCAAUAUUACAACCCCUCUGUUGGACUCCGAAUAACAACACUGAAGGCAAUUCUUUCGUGGUCGAAUGAACUGAGUUAUUAAUUGCAUAUUCAGCCUUUAUUAAAAGUUUGCUCCAAUCUUCGUGAUUUAUUGGCUCAGUUAUUUUGGCGAGCAUAGCUUUCAUAGUUCUGUUAACCCGUUCUACCUGACCAUUCGCUUGGGGUGAAGCAGUUGCCACUUUCACGUGUUC